AUGUCCACUGCAGAGGAGUUAGAGCAGUCGCUGCAGAGCUACGAACAGCUCAAGGAGAAGAUGCAGAUGCUCAAGACGCGUCUGUCGGAGUACUUAGAAUCCGUCCAAGCAGACCUGCUCGCCAAGAAACGCAAUUACGAAACGUCAAUGAUCCAUCUCCAGGAAAAAGAACGAGACCUGAACACAAAACUCCGCACAUACGAGGGCCUCCAUAAUGAGCUUUUAGAGGAGCUGAACCGGCUGAUCUCCGAUCGAGACACGUCGAUGUCACGCGUGCAGCAACUGAAGAUCGAGGAGGAGAAAUUACUGAGAGAAAAGAAGGAGCACGAAAACAAGAUCCAGGUGAUCAACGAUGAACUUGAAGACAGCAUGAAGGCUAUCAGUGAGCGCGAAACAUUCAUAACCAAACAAAGCGACCUUAUAGAGGAUAAGGCGUUCCAGCUGGAGCAGCUUUUGGGGCUACGUAUGGAGAAUGCUGGAGUCGAUAAUCAGAUACUAUUCGUGUUCCGCAACGUGGACAGCAGAGACUACUCUCGCGAGGUGUCGUUUGUUUUCGAUCCCGAAAAAUACUCCAUAGUCGAGACUGAUCCGCCGCUGGACCCAGACACGGUGAAGAACGUGAUGGACGAUUUUCUCAGGCAUCAGGAGAUCGGAUAUCUGUGGAGAGACAUGCGCCGGGAGUUCAAGCGCAAAGUGAGGUCAUGA